GAACUUCUUGCUUCACAGCAGCAUAUCUCUACCACUCUGAUUCAUCAUCACUAUGAAGAAGAUCACUGCUUUUGCCAUCCUUGCUCUGGCAGCCACUACGUGGGCUGCCUCUCCACCUGUAGGGACAGAGGUGGAUUGCUCCAAAUACAACAGAAGAAGUUCCAGGAUUAUAUGCACAAGGGAGUGGGAGCCAAUAUGUGGUAUAGAUGGGAAAACGUACGGGAAUGAAUGCAUAUUUUGCUUGCUAAACCGAAAUAAAGGAAUUCCACUCAGAAAACUUUAUGAUGACAAAUGUAUUGACUGCCUAGAGUAUUCUGAUGCAUGCAGCAAGGAUUACCUGCCUCUCUGUGGAUCUGAUGGAAUAAACUAUGCCAAUAAAUGUUUGUUUUGCAACGCUGUUGUGAUGAGCCGUGGUGCCCUUUUCUUGACAAAUUAUGGACCAUGCUGAGUCUCCCUGAUGCUCAAGGGUACAGGAGUCCCUUUGGCAGAUUCCACUUAGAGAACCAGAUUUUCUAGGAUGGCUGUGG